AUGUAAAUAUAAGAUGGAAACAAUCUGUUGCUUAACCUUUCCAAUGGUCCAAUUGACAAUAGUAAAAGGUCCUGCACAAAUGUAUUUUGCACCGUCCUCUAUUCUGCCAUAUUGUUGAGUAUCUUGGGAAUUGGAUUGUACAUGAAUCAAAGCGGAAAUUUAUUAUUGAUAGACAGAGGAUAUGACCCUGAUCAUAGACCAUGUGGAAUAGACACAUUGAGAGAUUAUCCAUUCAUCUAUUUCACUACUCUCAAUAGCGAUUUCUUAUGGAAGACUGUCUGCGUUUAAGAAUGUCCAAGUGUAACAGUUCCAAAAUACAAACACUUGUAAUACAAUCCUCCAACUACCGCAGCUGUUCCCACCACCACUACUACACCCAUUGGAACUACUCCAAAAUUCAUAACUAAAAUGUGCUGUCAAUUCAAUAGUAACUUCCUGUAGUUAAGCCACAUUAUACAACAGCAUUAAAUAGUCUGUAUUCCCACAGAUCCAGAGUAAUUUAAGAUAGUUUAGGAAGCAUUGAAGAUGGGUUUCUUACAUCAAAUGAUUUCUGAUAUCAGUGGAGCCAAGUACACCUUAUUCAUAUUCAUUGUAUUGGGAAUCUGCUUCACCUUAGCAUUCACCUACCUAUUGAAGUGGUGUAGUAAAACUGUUAUUUGGUUCAUCAUCUUUAUAAUCGUUGUGUUGUCCAUCUUCUUUGGCUAUUAUAGUUAUUUAUAAUAUAAGGCAGCAUCAAGCAUGACCAUUGGUUUAUCACCUACUGGAUAUCUAUUAUAAGCUAUUAUUUGGUGGUGUUUUGGAUUGGGUACAAUAAUCUUGACAAUUUGUUUCUACAAAAGAAUCAAUCUAGCCAUAGCCAUCAUCAAGUCAGCCUCUGAUUUUGUCACUAAAAAUGUCAGUAUUGUCAUUGUUCCUGUAUUCUCAACUAUUGCCACUCUAAUUUUAACUGUUAUUUUUAUCUACAUUGCAUUUAUAAUAUGUUCAACUGGUACACCUGGAGAUAAGUAAUAGCAAUGGCCAUUUGGAUAAUUGAAAUAUACAUUGUUUGAAUAUUUUAGUGGAUUCUAUUUGCUGUUUGCCACUUUUUGGACAUAUGCAUUAAUUAUUGGAGUCAAUAGCUUUAUCAUAGCAGGUUCAGUAUGUGUAUGGUAUUGGUAACAAGGGAAGAGUGGUUAGGAACAUGUUUAACCACUCAAUUCAUCAUGGAAAAGAUGUUUUGUCUAUCAUUUUGGUUCAAUAGUACUUGGAGCAUUAUUAUUGGGAUUGAUCUCAAUAUUUAGAUCCUUCUUUGAAUAUCUAUAUAGAAAUGCUGAAUACAUGAGAACAACUGAUGGCUGUCAAUUUUGUUUUAAGUGUUGUGCAUGUUGCAUAUGGUGUUUCGAAAGGUUCUUACAAUAUUUGAAUCAGAAUAUCUAUGUCUAAAUUAACAUGACUGGAGAUGGCUUCUUUCAUGCUGCCAAAAAAGGCCUAGAUAUUAUGUCUAAUAAUCCUUCAAUUGUUAUGUAAGUUGCUGGGUUGGGAGAUUUAAUAAACAAUAUCGCAAGAAUCAUGAUUACAUUAUCAAUCUCUAUGUUCUUUUUUAGAUCCAUUU